AUGACUCAAGUAUUCCAAUUAGUUCGUGACGCUGUUCACGUCGUGCUCAAGAAAAUCGACCUCACCCAUCAUGUUCUGCAACAGGAUGGCACAGUGCUCACGAGAGCUUCAGGAUAUGAUCUACGAUCACGUCUCAUCGUCCAUAUCUAUGACGAUGCACUUAACGUCGAUGACGGAUCAUACAGAGAUGAAAUCGCGCAGAUGGUCGAGGACAGUGGAUAUGCGCACAUGUGCAGCGAGGACUUUGUCGAAAUGGCUACCAUGGGCGAGUUCGCCCGACGGUUCAGUUUCGAUCUCCGGGGUCUCAGUCUCUCCAUCGAAAGUCUACUGAGCUACAUUGAGGUUGAGGUGUUCGAAGAUUCCUGCGAAGAUAACAUUACUCCGCUCCAACGAUCCCUCUUCAAUCUCACGCCCCGCGCGACGAUUAUCUUCCACCUGCGAACAGAUAUGGAAGACGUCGAUGAAUCCUACGACUGGACCGACCGCAUGGACAUUCUCGCAGAUCGAGUGAGCACGCUGUUUCCCCUGAUGCUGAACCUGAUCGAAGCUGACUAUAUUUUGUGGGGGUCACCGGAUCACUAUGCAUACUAUCGCAUUACUCCGGCCACCCUUAAGAAAAAGAACGUGAAGAGAAGGUUCCACGAACAUGCCCUCUGGUGGGAAUGUCCUCCAACACUAGACAAAGCGGAUCAUCUAAGAAACGAGCAAUUUGCCGACCCUAUCACGCUUCACGAGCUAUUCCGCGUCUGGUACAUCUCGCGUGACUUCUAUUUGAACGGCGACGUCAAUGUGCUCGUAAAGCUGAUGGGCUGCGAAGUCUGGGACGAGCUCUUCGUUGAAGAGCAUAUGAAGAUGGAUCUGGAGACGCAUUUGAAGACGGAUCGGAGGACGAAUCGGAAGACGGGCUCGCGGAAGACAAAGCUAGGGAUUCGAAUCUACAUUUCUGUUACAACCAAGCGCUCAUAUCCACAUGGUACUCAAAACCAGGAAUUAACCGACCGACCACGAAAAUUGGUUGAUGCUGGAUAUCCAGCGACUACCAAUGUGAUGUACGAUGUCGAGUUUGCUGUUGUCAAGGAUGAGAUUGACGAAGCGGCGUGGAUGGGGAAGAAUCUUGAAAUCGCUGCUGAACACAAGAAGAGAGGAGCCCUUCUCCAAAGAGACGCUGAUAGUAGACGUCUUGAAGCACAGCGAUGGCAAGGUCAGGCCAUGAUGUCUCGUCGUGCUGUGUGUGCCUAA